UCACGUUUCUCAACUAGCUAACGCCAAUUUUGCUUCUUCUAAUCAUUAUCUCACCUUUUCCAUAACCGACAAAAUUAGUACUAUAAAUAGUUAGCAGUACUGAACAAACGAUUCGAUCAAUCACUACAACUUAGUAAUAAUCAUGAGCCGAUUACAAAGUUGGCCCGAACCGAUUAUUCGAGUUCAUGAACUAUCCGAAAGUGGAAUUAAAAAAAUUCCCGAAAAUUUUGUGAAGCUCCCAUCGGAGAGGCCAAGUUCGAUAACAACGUUGUCGUCAUCAUCACAUGUUGAUAAUAUUCCAUUAAUUGACCUUGAAAACUUGAAUUCAUCGGAUGAAUCCAUUCGCGAUGAGACAAUGGAACUCAUUUCCAAGGCUUGUCGCGAAUGGGGUUUCUUCCAAGUGGUGAACCACGGCGUUAGCCAUGAACUUAUGGCUAACGCACGUAGUGUCUGGCGGGAGUUCUUUCAUCUCCCGCUAGAUGAGAAGCAGAAGUUUGCGAAUUCGCCCAUUACUUAUGAGGGUUAUGGAAGUAGACUUGGUGUCGUGAAAGGUGCUAAAUUGGAUUGGUGUGAUUAUUUCUUCCUUCAUUAUCUUCCUGAGAAGUUGAAGGAUGAGAAUAAAUGGCCUAGUCUUCCUAUUUCAUGCAGGCAUAUAAUUGGUGAAUAUGGAGAAGAAGUAAUGAAAUUAUGUGAAAGAUUAACGAAAAUCUUAUCGAUAAACCUUGGAUUAAAUGAAGAUUAUCUACACACAAAAUUUGGUGGAGACAAUGAAAGAGGUGCAUGUUUAAGGGUUAAUUUUUACCCUAAAUGUCCCCAACCUGACCUAACACUUGGACUCUCUCCCCACUCUGAUCCUGGUGGCAUGACCCUUCUCCUCCCCGACACCGACGUCCCCGGCCUCCAAGUCCGUCGUGGUGAUGACUGGAUAACGGUUAAACCGGUUCCUAAUGCCUUUAUUGUCAACAUAGGAGAUCAAAUUCAGGUAUUAAGCAACGCAAUAUACAAGAGCAUAGAGCAUCGUGUGAUCGUUAAUUCUGCUAAAGAACGUGUUUCUUUAGCGUUCUUCUACAAUCCAGGAGGUGACAUUCUCAUUAAACCUGCAGAUGAACUCGUGACGGAGGAGCGGCCGGCGUUAUAUUUACCGAUGACGUUCAACGAGUAUCGAGCUUUUAUUAGAACAAAGGGUCCUUGUGGAAAAUCUCAAGUUGAAUCACUAAAAUCACCAAGAUAAAUAAUUACAUUCUUUUUUUAAUUUCUAGCUAUAGGCCCGUUUAAGUAUUGCAUAAUUUUGAUUUGAUAUUUCCAUCAUGUCAUGUCUAUUGUGUUUUUGCUAAAUUCAGCUUCUUUAUAAAGGAACUUCAAUAUAUA